AUGAACAUAAAAUGUUGUGAUGUUUGCAGGUGCGCUGGAAUUUGCCUCUACGAAGGAAGAGGUGGAAUGUGCUCUAUCCGUCUCAGCGAACCCCUCUUAAAGUUGAGACCAAGAAAGGAUCUUGUAGAGACCCUCCUGCAUGAGAUGAUACACGCCUACUUGUUUGUCACUGAUAAUGAUAAAGACCGGGAAGGACACGGUCCCGAGUUCUGUAAACACAUGCGUCGUAUCAACAACCUGACCGGAGCCAAUAUAACGAUCUACCACAGUUUCCAUGACGAGGUGGAGGAGUACCGGAGGCACUGGUGGCGCUGUGAUGGGCCGUGCCAGUACAGGCAGCCCUACUACGGCUAUGUCAAGCGUUCCACCAACAGGGCACCCUCCUGCCACGACUACUGGUGGGCGGAGCACCAGAAGACCUGCGGAGGCACAUUCAUAAAAGUCAAGGAACCCGAGAACUACUCCAGGAAAGGCAAAAGGAAGGGGAAGGUAGACCAACAGCCAGGCUCUGCAGUGGAGAACAAAGGUGAGCCCCCGGGAAGGGCGGCCCUGCCGCUGGUCCCCUUCAGUGGGAAAGGGUAUGUUCUCGGGGAGACGCGCCCACUCCCAGCUGUCGUGACACCCACCGCCUCACGCACCAUUUGUGAAGAAGACUCAGGCCACUCAGGUCUGGAUAGGACAGCAGAUGUGCGAAGACCUGACUCCGGCACCCGCGUCCGCGUGGAGUUGGACCACGGGGGUUCCUCCAGCAGCACGCCCCAGCUGGCCACCCCACUCCCCAGCGCCACUUUCCAGAGCGUGCUGAGCAGCUACUUCCCACAGAAGGCCUUCCGCAGCGUGCCCGUGCCCACGCCCUCACUCAAGAGCGGGGCCCCUGCCGCCACCCCCCGGACCCCAAGAAAUCCCUCCAAAGCCGGGCCAUCGGCCUCUGUGGCUGUGUCCCAGAAAGGCCGUGGGGGUGAAGACCUCCCAUUCACAAACAAACGACCCAGGCUGGAGGCCAAGACAGCAUUUGACCACUUUUUUAUCAAGAAGGAGCAAGUUCCCCACGGGCCUGGUGACGCAGAGAGAAGUUGGAGCCCAGGAGCCUCCACACCGGCUGCCAGCCACUCCUGUGGUCAGAGCCCAGUGGUCAGCUGCCCCGUCUGUCAGGAGGACGUGGCGGAGACGCAGAUCAAUGAGCACCUGGACUUGUGUCUGGAAGGGACAACGGGGAGGUCUGAGGCCGCGGGGUCUGAGAUGGGGCGGGGCUCGCCGUGGCCCGAGGUUCUGUGAUGGCAUCUGUCCCGUCUGAGCGUGCCAGGGUGGCCCUGGCCACAGGAGCCCCUCACCUCAGGGGGCCCCAGACAUACAAGUUGUGGACACUGCCAGACCCCAUUCCGGAGAGCAGCCGUCCCUUUCGGCGAACCACACUUGGCCUGUGCUCGCCUCCGCCCGGCCCGCUAUGAUGUGCACAAGACGGUGUAGAUGUCUUUCCUCCUCACUCCUCUCAGAGCUUUCCACUUGUGUCGGGGUCCUUGGGGGGUGCCUUCCUUCCUGUGCUUACAUCUGCCCCCCGAGCGCCAGUCACCACCAUGCCCUCAAGCAUCGCUCCGGGCACACACACUGCCCCAGCGCAUACGCAGCAGGGCCCUGCCGUUGUCGUUUAGGGUACUCAGGUUUUCUUGGGUCUUUUUCUUUCAAAAUCAUAACAGGAAAUUUUCUAUAUUUUAAAGAAUUUUCUACCUUUCCAAGAGGUGGCGGCAGAUUUUAAAGAAUUUUCUACAUUUUACAGUUAUUUUAAAGAUAAUUCUCUUCCACCUGCACUGAAGGUAGAGGUAGAAGGAAUGGAGCAGGGGAAGUCUAUUUUGGGGUGUUAUUAAGAACAGCCUCGCUAGCUCUGCAGACCAUGUUUUACACCAACUUUAGCUGUUGCCUGAGUUGAGCCACAUGAGUGGCAAAGGCUGGGGCUGAGCGGAGGUGUGUGGACCUGGCAUCCUGCCCGGUCAGGAGCAGCAGUGGUGGGGCCCCAGUAUGGCUGCCUUGCCACUGCUCACUUCCCCUGUGUGGCAGCUCUGUCUCCCCACUGCCUUCGCUCCCUUCUGUGUUCUUUCACUGCUGCAAGGUAAUUUAUACUCAGGGAGGGGUGCAAGUCUCCAGUGUGAACUCGUGAGCUCAACUUCCUCCACAGUGCUCACCUUUUCUCUGCUCCCCAAGGUCCUGUGGCCGUGCUGUUCCCGAGGUCUCCACGUCUCACUGCAGGGAGCAGCUGCUAUGGUUUCGCCUGCUUUUUGCACUUUAAAAAUCAGUGCCUUUGCUGCCCCAUCCAUCCCUCUGCAGUGCUUCAUUCACACGAACCGGCCACUGAGUGGCUCAGUUUGGAGGGGUUGUGGGUGGGGCUGUAGGAAGCUCCCCCCUCGUUUCUGUGGGUACACAGGGAUGGUGCUGGCUCUCGGGGCUAAUGUUUGUUCCUCCCCUCCCAGCAGUACAAAUAUCUGUGGCUCAGUGAGCAACAGUUCUGAUGUUUCUUAGAACAUGCAGUUAAUAGUAUUAAAUAAUUACAUGACUAUUGGAAUGUGUGUUGAAUAUGUGCCAUUAUACUUUUACCUGUUUAAUAAGUUAUUUGCAAUAAAAUAGU